AAUAAAUAAAAUUUUAUUUUCGGCAGAUCUUCUCGUUUGGAAGAUAAAUCAGACGUCCAAUGAUAGGAAACCGGAUUCUAUGACACUUGGAGGAUCACCGCUUUCUCAUACCUUAAACUUGCGAUGUCGUUCCCAGCUCCCUCCCCUGACCUCUCGCGAGGAGCGUCGCGGUUAAAAGAUGGGUCGGAGCCACGCCAAAGUGUGAUGAUACAGUCCGGAGAAACCGAUGAUGUCGAAGUGGCUCCAGCACUGGAAGCCAAGUCAAAGCCUGCUGUGAAACCAUGGGCUCAUUUCUUCGCAGGAGCCGUCGGCGGGAUGACUGCUGCAACCCUUACUUCCCCUCUCGACGUAUUAAAAACGCGUCUUCAGUCAGACUUUUAUCAAGCCCAACUUCGAUCCCUCCGUGCCGCUCAUCCAUUGCCGCAAUCACAUUCCAUACUGUCCUUGUCGCGCAGCGCGAUGGUCCACUUUAGCGAAACCGUUCAGAUCCUCCGAUCAAUCCACGUACAUGAAGGAUGGCGCGCGCUGUUUAAAGGGCUGGGCCCCAAUCUUACCGGAGUAGUUCCCGCCCGGGCGAUCAAUUUCUAUGUAUACGGCAAUGGAAAGAGGAUAUUGAAUGAUUAUUUCGGCUAUAUCCCAACUGAAACUCCGGCAAGCAUUCAUCUAGCUGCUGCUGCGGUUGCUGGUAUUGCUACUGGCACUGCCACCAACCCGAUUUGGCUUGUGAAAACUCGGCUGCAGCUCGACAAGUCGAAUGCUUCGAAUAUACCUGGCCGUGGGAGACAGUACAAGAAUAGUUUGGAUUGUAUUCGACAAACAGUCCGUCACGAAGGGAUUCGGGGUUUAUACCGGGGCUUAACGGCGUCGUAUUUGGGAGUCACGGAGAGUUCACUCCAAUGGGUCAUGUACGAGGAGAUGAAACGUAUACUAGCCAGGCGUGCGGCUCGACGAGCGGCUGACCCGGCACAUGUACGCGGAUGGACAGACACGGCAGAACAUUGGGUUGGCACGAUUACAGCGGCUGGUUCCGCCAAAUUGCUUGCUGCAGCCGCUACAUAUCCGCACGAAGUAGUUCGUACUCGACUACGACAAGCCCCCACAAUCCCGGCUGGUGGAGGCAAGGUCCAAAUGAAAUACACUGGAUUAAUGCAGUGCUUCCGGGUGAUCUGGAAGGAAGAAGGGAUGGCUGGGUUAUACGGUGGCUUAACACCACAUCUUCUGCGAGUCGUUCCUAGUGCGGCAAUUAUGUUUGGAAUGUAUGAAAUGAUUCUCCGGCUAUGUGGCACGACCUCAUAAAGACCGCCCUUCCCACCUACUUCCCUAACCUCCGAUUCCACCGCUGUCGGCACUUCGAUAUAGCCUAUGAAUGCUCGAUAUCUAUGUUCAGCACCUAAUAUUCCCCGUAGAGGCCGCCUUUAUCGUUAAAGAUGGAGACCAAAGGUCUGAGACAAUCUCCACUUCCGGCCUUCUUUGCAUUUUCAGGCGUUAUAGAUGAUGUGACAACCCAGCUUCUGUUUGAUUCGAGCUAGACCAAAAAGCGAAUAUGGCGCGGUUUGUAAUUGCCUUUCCUUUUCUGUUCACCAGUUGACCAGCGUUAUCUGGGCUGGUUUUAACUGCUGAUUUCCUCUUGACUGUACAUUAAUGUUGGUUAUUUCCCUGUUGAGGUCUGGGUUGUAGAAGUGAUCUACUACUAGUUUCUCUGGCCCGGUUUCUAUCUUGCGUGGUUUUAGUGGGUGCUUAUAGAUGUACCAUAUACUCUGUGU